UAGUGUAAAAGUUUGUAAUGAAAAUAUAUUUGGUGAGUACACUGUAUAUAACCGGAAGAAAAUUUGGCAACAACGCAAAAAAAUUUCAACUGCUAAAUUCGGAGGUCAGCAGUCGUCAAGUGUCAUCUUUACGUUGCACGUGAAUUGUAAUUUUGGCACUACAAGAUGACAGACCUAGACGAUUUUUUCGCGAAGAAGGACCGCAAAAAGUCCAAAGGAAAAAAAUAUGCUACCUCAGAGGAAGUUGCAAAGAAAUUAGAAGACAAAGAUACCAUUAAAAAGGUCGACAAACCACUUAAGAAGGAACGUAUACUGGAAGGCGAAGAGGGUGGUGCCCCCUUACACGAACAAGAUGAGUGGCGAGAAUUUGAGGAAGAAAAGAAGGACUAUACUGGUUUAAAAAUUGGCAAUUUAAGCAUAAAUUUGCCAGAGGGAACUCCCGGCAAUGCCGAAAAUUUCUCGGAACAACAACAAGGCGAUGAGAGUGGCAGUGAGGUGGACAGAAAAGCAGGUCCGUGGAAAAAAUUGGAUUCGGAAACGGCUGAAGUGGAAGUUCAAAAAAAGACUGAGCCCGUUAUUCCGGCGCCCGCUCCUAUACAACCUUCAACUCCGAACGUAUAUGUACCGCCCGUUAUGAGAAACUCUCAGCAGCAGCAGCACCAGCAACAAUUGUCUGCCAGUAGGCUACGGUCAAAAAUGGCGCCAGAUAUUCAUAAUGAAGAAUAUUUUCCUAGUUUAACGGGUGCGAAAGGGGAACAAAGAAGAAACAAAAAUGAAGGUACUUUUGAAGUGGUAGCGCCUAGCAAGGCGAGUUCGCAUCGGCAAUUGGAACAGAGCAAAUUUUCAAAUCAAGGACCAAAAUUAAGUCUCGGCAAUCGCUUCAAUACGCUCAGCAACGACAGCUAGUAUUACAACGUUCGUUUAGGAAGCAUUAACAUCUUGUAGUGGCCAUGAGGAACAGAACUUCAAUUUCUCUUCAUUUAGUGGUGUUCAUAUACUCUUUAAUUUUUUCUAAAUUAAUUCUGUUCGGUAGUAAUUGCAGUGGGACUAAGUAUGCUGAACUCGUGAUUGUGUAGGACGUCUAGAUAAUUUAUAAGCUGGCUUAUCUUUAAUUAGCAUAAAGGACACAUUUCGUACACUUUUACAUAAUUGUGCGUUCAGUAGUAUUUUGUUACGUUCUUAUAUUUAUAUUUCUAUACCUAUCCAUAUUUUUUAAAUGAAACUAUUUUUUCAAUUGGUACAUAAAGAAAUUGAUAAAACGAUAAUAAAACAAUUUUUUUAUUUACAACAAUUCAGUACACGUUUUAUGCUAAAGGAGAUCCGCUAAUUUAGAUUCGUCACUAAAACAAUUAUAACAAAAUUAGUUGUUUGAUAUCGUACUCUGGAUUACGAUCAUACCUUGGCACGUACUGAAAUUGAACUUCACCUUCAUUUGUGUAAUGAUCAAGCAUUGGUAGAUUUAACAAUUUUUGAUUAAAUUGUUUAAUAAAAUAUAUCCAUACUUU